UGAAAUCACAUGACUUGCUAUUUAUACAUAAAUAGUUCUGCACAGAUAUCGAAACUGCGGAAGGGCGUCCUGCGAGCAGAAGAGGGGGAUUUUGGGUAGGACGUCUCACAGGUGACCCCUGCUGCUGCGGAAGGAGGUUGAACCAUUAACCUGCCCUUUCUGGAGAUCUGAAAGAGCAAGAGGGAGUCUCAGGGCCGACGCUCAGUGGCCAUGUCGUCCCUACUGCGCUGCAUCUCCAGCUCUUCUGUCGCUUUGCUUCAUAAAGGGGUCCGUCAGAGGAUUCCUAGAAGCAGGCAUUUCAGGACCUACCCUGUGUUAAGGGACCAAGAAGCCUCCAGAGGUGUGCUCUACAAGGACCUGGUGGUUGGGGUUCCUAAGGAGACCCUACAGAACGAACGCCGCGUGGCGUUGUCUCCUGCGGGGGUGGAGGCUCUGGUGAAACAAGGCUUUAACGUGCAGGUGGAGAGUGGAGCUGGAGAGGAAUCCAAGUUCUCUGAUCAGCAUUACAGAGAUGCAGGAGCCACCAUCACUGACGUCAACGGAGCCCUAGGCUCAGACUUGGUUCUCAAGGUUCGAGCCCCCAGUUUGACUGAGGCAGACCUCCUGAAGCCUAACUCCACCUUGGUGAGCUUCAUCUAUCCGGCACAGAACCCAGAGCUGAUGAUGAAGCUGUCAGAGAGGCAGAGCAACGUGCUGGCCAUGGACCAGGUGCCCAGAGUCACCAUCGCACAGGGCUAUGACGCUCUCAGCUCCAUGGCUAACAUCGCUGGGUACAAGGCUGUGGUUCUGGCUUCCAACCACUUUGGCAGGUUCUUUACUGGUCAGAUCACAGCUGCAGGAAAAGUCCCCCCUGCUAAGGUCCUUGUUAUUGGAGGUGGAGUGGCUGGUCUGGCAGCAGCAGGUGCAGCCAAGUCGAUGGGAGCCAUUGUCAGAGGGUUUGACACCAGGCCAGCAGCCCUGGAGCAGUUCAAAUCGUUUGGGGCAGAGCCUUUGGAGGUAGACAUGAAAGAGUCUGGCGAUGGGGUUGGAGGUUACGCCAAAGAGAUGUCCAAGGAGUUCAUUGAAGCCGAGAUGGCACUUUUUGCCAAGCAGUGUAAAGAGGUCGACAUCGUCAUCAGCACUGCCCUGAUUCCAGGAAAGAGAGCUCCCAUUCUGAUCAAGAAAGAGUUUGUGGAGUCGAUGAAGGACGGCUCUGUGGUGGUGGAUAUGGCCUCAGAGGCAGGGGGCAACAUUGAGACCACCAGGCCUGGAGAGCUGUACGUUUACAAGGGAGUAACUCACAUUGGCUACACAGACCUGCCCAGCCGCAUGGCAACCCAGGCCAGCACUCUGUAUUCAAACAACGUGCUAAAGCUGCUGAAGGCCAUAAGCCCAGACAAGGAAUACUUCCACUAUGUUCCCAAAGAUGAAUUUGACUAUGGAACAAUUGACCAUGUCAUCCGUGGGACUCUUGUUAUGAAGGAAGGGAAAGACAUGUUCCCGGCCCCACUCCCUAAAACAGUCCCCCCACCCCCAGUGAAACAGAAAACAGCCGCAGAGCUGAAGGCAGAGAAAGCAGCGGUGAUCUCUCCCUUCAAACGCACCAUGACCUCUGCUGGCGUCUACACUGCAGGUGUUUCCACCUGUCUGGCUCUGGGCAUCGUUUCCCCCAACGCAGCCUUCAGUCAGAUGGUCACCACCUUUGGCUUGGCUGGGCUUGUUGGAUACCACACUGUGUGGGGCGUGAGCCCCGCUCUGCACUCACCCCUCAUGUCUGUUACCAACGCCAUCUCAGGUCUGACAGCUGUUGGAGGUCUGGUGCUGAUGGGUGGGGGUCUCACACCCUCCUCCGUGCCCGAGAGUCUCGCUCUUGCUGCUGCCUUCGUUUCCUCCAUCAACAUGGCCGGUGGUUUCCUGAUCACACAGAGGAUGUUGGACAUGUUCAAGCGUCCCACUGACCCUCCUGAGUACAACUACCUGUACCUGCUGCCUGGGGCUGUGUUUGUUGGGGGAUAUGGAGCCUCGGUGGCUGCUGGAUACAACAUCGAGCAGAUGAUGUACCUGGGCUCAGGCUUGUGUUGUGUCGGAGCGCUGGCAGGCCUCUCUGCGCAGCGCACCAGUCGCUUGGGAAACACCCUGGGCAUGAUGGGAGUGGCAGGGGGCAUCGCUGCCACCCUGGGUGCCCUGAAGCCCUGCCCAGAGCUGCUGUCCCAGAUGUCUCUGGCCAUGGCCAGUGGGGGGACCCUGGGUCUGACCAUUGCCAAGCGUAUUGAAAUCACAGACUUGCCGCAGCUCGUGGCAGCCUUCCACAGCCUUGUGGGGCUGGCAGCUGUAUUCACCUGCGUUGCCGAGUACAUGAUUGAGUUCCCCCACCUGGACGCCCACCCUGCCGCCGGCGUACUCAAGACAGUCGCGUAUAUGGGCACAUACAUCGGAGGCGUCACAUUUAGUGGCUCACUGGUGGCCUACGGCAAGCUUCAAGGAAUCCUGGACUCCUCCCCCCUGCAUUUGCCAGGACGACACAUGUUGAACGCCGGCCUGAUGGCAGCGUCGAUGGGAGGCAUGGUGCCCUUCAUGCUCAGUACCAGCUAUGGUACUGGCAUGGGCUGUCUAAUAGGAGUGUCCGGGCUUUCCACUAUUAUGGGUGUCACCCUGACGGCAGCCAUCGGGGGUGCUGACAUGCCCGUGGUCAUCACCGUGUUGAACAGCUACUCUGGAUGGGCGCUCUGUGCUGAAGGCUUCCUGCUGGACAACAAUCUGAUGACGAUCGUGGGCGCUCUGAUUGGCUCCUCCGGUGCCAUCCUCUCCUACAUCAUGUGUGUGGCUAUGAACCGCUCCCUGCCCAAUGUGAUCCUGGGUGGGUACGGCACCACCUCCACCGCGGGGGGGAAGCCAAUGGAGAUUGUUGGCACUCACACUGAGAUCAACCUGGACCAGACCAUUGAAAUAGUCAAAGAAGCCAACAGCAUCAUCAUCACACCAGGUUGGGGUCUGUGUGCAGCAAAGGCCCAGUACCCGAUUGCAGACCUGGUGAAGAUGCUGAAGGAACAGGGCAAGAGUGUCAGGUUUGGUAUCCAUCCCGUAGCCGGCCGUAUGCCAGGCCAGCUGAACGUCCUCUUGGCUGAGGCUGGUGUUCCCUACGAUGUGGUGCUGGAGAUGGAUGAGAUCAAUAACGACUUCCCAGAGACGGACUUGACACUUGUCAUCGGAGCCAAUGACACCGUGAACUCUGCAGCACAAGAAGAUCCCAACUCCAUAAUUGCUGGAAUGCCAGUUCUGGAGGUGUGGAAGUCCAAACAGGUGAUAGUGAUGAAGCGUACCUUGGGCGUGGGCUACGCCGCAGUAGAUAACCCCAUCUUCUACAAGCCCAACACAUCAAUGUUACUGGGAGAUGCCAAGAAGACGUGUGACAGCCUGCAAGCGAAGAUCAGAGAGGCCUACUACUAAAGACCCCCCAUUAGUUUAGCAUUAUGGACAGUAGCUAUCAAGUACAGAGACAGGUUGACAGAUUCUCACUAUAAGCUUUCAGGAUAUAUAUUUAUGGAUUUAUGCAACAAAUGUGAUUUUAUUACAAAGAUAGCCAAAUUCAUAAGAUGAUUUUUUGGAAAAUAAGGGACAUAAAUAACUCAGAUUAACUACUGAUUUGUAAAUAAAUAGUAUUCAAACGUA